AUGCAUUGGCACAGGGAGUCAAUGGGGCUGUAGUCGUUAGGUGAUAGGGCUAGGUAAAUCUGGGUGUCAUCAUUAAACAUAGAACACUAAACACAAACAGAUCUCAGAUCUCAGCAGAGGAUGAUUACUACUAAACAACAGCUUCACUUAUUAAAAACUAGUUUGACUUUAUUUCUUUCAUACAUGCAUAAAAAUAUUUAUUGAGAAUUAACAGAGGUUUAGAUGUUGAUGUCUUAUUGAAAAUAAUAGUUUAGUUUGAAGUCACCAUUAUGGUGAUUCUUGUUUUCUUUAAUUGGGCUCUUGACUUAUUAAUAUUAGUUUUUUUUCUGGCUGUUAUAACUGUGUGUUUAUAAAGUAUGUUUUUUGUAACAAGGUGAACCAAGAGAAACUGAGGUGUUGUUGCCACUUGACAAAAUUGUAAUUUCUGAUUCACUCUUAAUAUCCAAAGAUUAAAUCUCUGAAUAUAUUAUCUGUUAAUUUCACAUUGUUAAUUAUAUCCGCCCUGUGAUAUUGUCGCAUUAAUGUUAUGACACUCAAAUACUGUAAAAGAUUUUAUAAAAUCAUUAUGCAAAAAAUGUUUAGAGCUGCGAUCUUUUAGACACACAGGCAUCAAGAAUCAGUUUAUGAAUCUCAACAAUGGUGACAAUCAACAAACGAAAAGUUUAUCUGAAUUAUUUGUUGAUUGUCACCAUUGUUGAGAUUCAUACACUGAUUCUUGAUGUCUGUGUGUGUCAGUGAUUUGAUAAGUCAAAACUGUCUAAUGAGUUUAAAAAAACUUGAAAUAUCACAACAUUGAAGGGUAUCAUGUGGUAGCAUUCUAGGAUUACAAUACACAAUAAUGUAAAAAUAAAAACUCAUGCUAAUGAUUAGUGUUAGAUUACGGCUCCUAAAUGUCUCAUCCCAGUCCUCUUAAUUGGCAAUUGAAUAAACAAUUACUCAGUGCUGAGGGAGAAUAUAGUCUCAGUUUAUUUAGUAGAAGAGAGAAUAUAUAGAAAGAGUACAAUGGGUGUAGUAUAGGUUUAACCAAUGAGAGAGAGAAUACAUCAUAUAGCUCAUGGUAUAGGAAUGUGAUACAUAUAGAAAAACAAGUCUAAAUAUGGUCACCUCCCGGUCAGGUACCCAGGAGUUCCUUGGUAUCCCAAAGACCUUCUCCUAUGCUUGUAAUACAAAAAGCAGGGACCAUUCCCUGUCUCCCAUUCAAUCCUAGUAGAGCCUUGUUCCUUAUAUGGAAAUGGUUCUGGUACAUAAAGAAAACCAUAUGUUAAAACAUAGGAUACAACUUCAACAGAGGGCAAAGGGCCCUCUGUCCACUUUCCUUCAAUGCCAACAUAAAAUCUAUCAAUUAGAUUCUGGAUAAAAUCAGUGAACUGAACCACUACAUGAUGAUUACUGUAUUUCAUCAAUCAUUAGUUAGCUAUCAUCACCUGAUCACAUUUUCUUCUGGCUCACCUUGCCUGUGUUAUAAAUUAUGUCUGUAAGUCUAAAUGAUACAGUAGCUCUAAAGUUUUUCUGCAUAAUGAUACUAUAAUUAAUGUGAAAUUAACAGUUAAUAUAUUCAGAGAUUUGACUUUGGGUGCUAUCAGUGAAUCAGGCCACUAAAUGAUGAUUAGGGGGCCUAUCAGAUUGGUACACCCAGCGCAAUGCGACGGCAGGCACGACACAAGUGUUUUUUUGCUAGUUUCAGCCUGACGCAGUUAUCAUUUUCACAUCCAGUGCCCACAUUGUUUAAAUUGCAUAUGCACUCGCACCCAUCUGUUCACCCAUGGGCGCGCCUUUUCUGAAAACGAGGUGUGUUCAGGUGCAUUGUUGAUGUGUUGCUAUUUUGAGGCAACUGAAAACGACUGUGCCAUUGACUUUAGACUAGGUUUUUACUGGUCGUUUUUGCAGUCGUUUUCAGUUGCAGUAUUUUUUUUUUUAUUUAAAGGGCGCGUUAGUAAUAUGUGCCUAUGGGCAGGUGCACAAUGCAUGGUCUUUGUGCAUCACUGAAUGAGCCAGUAUGAACAUGCCCAGACAGGUUAUUAAACCAAACAACCAGUUCGAAAUGAAUUAUGUUAUUAACACAAAAAUAAACAUGAAUGAACAUCAGAAGGUAUGUUGUUUCAACUGUGGAAAGUUGUCAAUACACCAUUUUUUCAAGUUCAAGUCCACCAAGGUUAAUCUACUAAUGAUUCUCUACAGAAACUUUUUUUAGGCUGGUUGAAAGUCUCCUCAUAUCCUGAUAGCAAUCACUAUGUUAAGCAGUCUAAAUGUAUUUUUAUAAAUAUAUAUAAUCUGUGGAAGAUGUAGGACCAUAAAAUGUUCGUUCAAUCAUUGCAUUUGGUCUGAAUGAAACGAUAGCAUGUGUUCAGUCAGUGUGUGUUUGCAUACCACUGCGCAGCCUGUUCUCGUAGACAUCAUUCGUCAUCAGCGUGUUCACAUACGCUGUGCAGACAGAGUGAGAAUGGCAGGCAAACAGCAACAACCUAAUUUUUCUUUAGUAGUAGUGUUACUCACUGUACUGUAAACUUUCCUCACCUGUGAAUGACACAUGAUGUAAUACAAUAACGUUGUCUCUGGUAGUCUUGUUUCUGGUCUGUGUGUGUUCAUGUGUUUUGGAGGACGCGUGGCUUUAGACGGCGAUUUGCAGGGAGAAGGGAUCAUCAAUGUUGCCUAGUUUGGCUACUUUAAUACUGUUGCCGCGGGUUGAAGUGACCACAAAUAACAUGAUAUUUAGCCCCUGGAAUGCAAAUUUUACCAGGGGAACCCCACCAAAAAUGCGGAUUUUACCACCCAGAAUGCGGUGGGGGACCGUCCCCCAAAAUGCAAUUGGGCUAGUUAUUUUUAUUAGUGUAAUAUAAUCAGUAGAGUUUAUUUUCUGUUAAGAACAAUGAACUUUAAGUAGCUUAUAUUUGAGUAAAAUUAACUUGUUUCAUUUUGUAAAUUUGUACAAUAACUAUGAAUUGCCAUGCGAUUGUGUUGGUUGUAGUUGUCAUGUUUCUCUUCUUGUUUUUCAUCUUUCCUUUAGCGAUUCUGCAGGUGCUAAGUAAAAGGCGCCCUUCGCAUUUACUUGCAGCAUCUCUGUGGAUUAGUAUGUGUGAUCUGUGUCUGAUUCUGAUGUAUCUGAUUAUGCCAGUUCUGUGCUAUGAUUGGUCAACUGACAAGUCUGGAGGGGCCUGCCAUUUGUAUUUGAGGGAUAUACUGUAUAGUUCAGUACAUAUGAGGUCAGUGGAAGACUUUUUACAGCACUGUGUGCCUGUAUUAGCUUUACUGUAUUGUGCUGCUCUACACCUUUCUACAGGAGUGUGUGAACUGACCAUGAAUCAAGAUUUCGCUGUAAACAGGAAUAUUUCUAUUCCAUCUUAUUUCUACAUCAGUGGUUUUUCUGGUAUACCUCACGUGAGAUAUUAUUAUAUUUUCUUGUUUUUUGUAUACAUCAUUUCUUUGCUUGGAAACUCCUGCCUCAUGUUUGUUAUCAUUAUAGACAGAAAUCUUCACACUCCUAAAUAUAUCGCUGUCUUUAAUCUAUCACUGACAGACAUUUGUGAGAGUACCGCUGUGAUCCCUCAGCUACUGGACACAUUUUUAUUUGGGAAUCAGUUGAUCCCAUAUGGAUUGUGUUUGUACAAUAUGCUCUCUGUCUUAUUAUUUAUUUCAGCGCAGUCACUAACGCUAGCUGUUCUGUCUUUUGACAGAUUCAUAGCCAUUUGUUUACCACUGAGGUAUCAUAUGAUUGUGACCCAUAGAUCAAUGCUUGUUAUAAUUGGAGUCACAUGGGCAGUGGCACUGUUUAUGAUAAUUAUUGCUACAAUUUUCAUUAGUAGACUUUCUUUUUGCAGAGUUAUUGUCAUCAUAAACAGUUUCUACUGUGAUCAUGGGCCUAUAUAUCGUUCUGCCUGUAGCAAUAAUUUUCCAAGUUAUGUGAUAAACAAUUUGAACCCGAUAGUGAUUCUCGGGUUUCCAGUAUUUUUUAUUAUCUUUUCAUAUACAUGCAUAGCUGUAACAUUGUUCAGAAUCACAACCCCACAAGACCGUCAAAGAGCCACAAAGACAUGUACUGCUCAUUUAACAUUAGUGGCCAUAUUUUAUGUACCCAUCACUUUUACAUAUGCUCUUUCAUCCAUUAUUAACACUAACACAAGGAUCAUCAGUCUCUCUCUGACCUCUGCGCUUCCUCCAAUGCUUAACCCUAUAAUCUACACAUUCAUGACGGAGGAGUUCAUGGUGUCUGUGAAAAGGCUUCUUAAACGGAGAAUCAUAUUCCCAUCUCCAAAAUAAACCUCUUUAUCUACAUUGUAAAUACAUUAUUACUAUUAGACACUUUUGUGGUUUUUAUUGUUUUUUUGUUUUUUUUCUGUGAAUGUUUAGAAUAAUGUAUGCUUCUAUAAUAUCACAGCUUCUAUAAAAAAAAGCCAGACAACAGGUAUCAUGACCUCAUUAACAAAUUUUGAAACCACUAACAAACUACUGUAAUGUAAAAGCCAAUUUACAUGAAAAAAAUAAAUAAAAUGAAAUAAAACAAAUAA